AUGGCCGCUUCGUCGGCUUUCCAGGCGACAGGGCUUCAGGUCAUUGUGCGGAACACGUUCAUUGACGUGGAUGAUCCGCGUAGCCCCAAGUGCGCCGCGCGGAGCUCUUCGACGCCACCCUCGUUCAAGCAGAUCCUCAGCGAGCGCAACAUCGUUGAGACUGACUUCGACGACUGUUCGGAAUCCGACGCCUACGAUGGGACGACAGAGCACUCAGAGAUCUCCAGCGUGCAGGCGUCGGAGGACCAGUCCUUUCCGGACACGGACGACGAGUGGGAGGCUGGCAGCGGUCGGGCAACUCACGCCAGGCGCCUCUCGGACGCGAGCGGGAGCCGCUGCAUCGCGCCCCGCGAUCAGCCAGCCGGUUCCUCUCCGCUCAGCUGUGCCGACGGUACCAGCAGCGUCGUGGUCGGGGUGUGCUACACCCCGAUUGUGAACCUGAUCGUCUGCCCAAGUGUCCCGAGUUACCGCGGCGACGUCGUCAUGGCGUCGAAUCCUGGAGACGCCCGUCCUGCCUCGCGCCGGUGCACGAGGUGUCGCAGCCGCAAGGGCGCGAACUGCCCGUGCGCCUCGAGUCAAGCUAAGUGCCUUGCUCCAGCCGUGGGGACGCCCACACUGCCAGGCUCGCACGCGCACGCCAUCUCGGUCAAGAACGUCCUCGUGGACGCCGAGGAGGCGCCCAAGGCGCUCGCCGAGACCUCGCUCAAGGUCUCCUGCGCCGGCGGGCAGGAGGGCAUCGUGGUGGAGCGCCUGGUGCAGAGGUCCCCGCUGAGCGGCAAGGCGCGGGAGUGGCUCGCGGCCCGCGGCGCCGCAGGCCCGGCUGCGCCGGCGGCGGGCGGGCGCACGAAGCUCAGCAGCGCUGCCCGCGCCUGGCAGCCCACGGGCGGGGACGCCGCGCCGGCGCGCGCCGCGCCGGCCGCCGCGGAGCCGCCGCGCGAGAGGUCGCCCGAGCCGCCAGCGCCCAGCACGCCACAGGGCGCUCCAAAGUUUGGCUCCGCGCUGCUGCGGUGCCUGGAGGAGGUCCUGAGGAAGAGUGCCUUCGUCGCCGGGGUCGACGUCUCUGCGGGCGUCGGGGGACGCUGGUGCGUGCGGAUAGACAUUCGCAGGAAGCACCUCUACCUGAAGGAGCACGUGCUGGCCUGCGCCCAGGAGGCCCUCUUCGACGUCCUGGACGAGCUGCAGGCGCUGCGCGCCAGCGCGCCGCUGGCCGGGCGCUGUAUCCCGGCGACGGUCUUCAAUUUGAAGGUGGAGUGCCCGAGCUCCAGCUGA